GUCCCUGCUGGCUGGAAUAGGCGUCCCCGUGCCCUGGUUCUCAGUCUAUAAAAGGAGGUGUCGGAGCCGUGAGAGCUCAGUUAGCGCGUAGAGCGCCAGGCGGUGAAUACCUCGGAGAGGGACUCGCUGCUCUGAGUGGUUUCGAAGCGCUCCAUAACGCGAACAGCCCUCUGGGAUAUAUCGUAUCGCGCCCCCAUAGCCGUCGCCAUGCACGGCCCCCCAUCCGGAGACAGCGCCUGCCCCCUCAGGACCAUCAAACGGGUCCAGUUCGGGGUUCUAGGCCCGGACGAGCUGGUGAGAGACGGUGGGAGGGGCUGGGAGAGAGGCGGGGCUAGACCAGGAAGUAAUGGCUGCACGUGAUUGGCUGACUUUAUUCUCUGUGUGUCCAUAAUGUGCAUUAUUUCGGAUAUUCCAUAGAUGAUAUGUGUGUGUGUGAUGGACUACAUCUCCCAGAAUGCCAGGACAGCCACAGUGCUGGCAAAGCAUCAUGGGAGAUGUAGUGCAUCACCUGGAGUGCCCCAGAUAGACCGUAUGACCUGUAUAGGGGUGGCUGGAAAUACCAUGUCCUGUCUCUAGACCUGUAUAGGGGUGUUACUGGGGAGCAGUAUAUACCUCAUAUAUACCUCAUAGAACUGGAAAGGAUUUUAUAUAUAUUAUUAUUAUUAUUAUACAACUGAUUUUAUAUCAUUAUUAUUAUAAUACAACUGAUUUUAUAUAUAUAUAUUCUGAUUGAAUAAAUCCCGAGCUGCAGGGAGUCAUAACAUAAACCCAACUUGAGCGCAAUGUUUAACAUGUAUUUUAAAUGCAAACUUUUAACACUUUAUGGACCAAGCCUAUUGAAAAUGUUUGUAGCCCUUUUUGCGUUGUCUUUAUCCAACCAUUCUUUACAAAUUGAAUUUCUUGUUGUUUAGUUCUAUUUCGUUGUCCGUUCAGAUAUUGCGCUCAUAAUCACAUGAAAUCCCUAACUUCUGCUUUAGCAUGUCAAAUCACAAAACAUUUUAUUUUAACACUGUCUAUUUUGCUGUGUAUUUCAUAAACCUGAUCGUGAAUUUAUUUUUGUUCUCAGCACUAGCGCCCAUCUUGCCAGUAUAGUAAUCUCCCACGUAUGCCUUUGCAGAGAUUUUGUGAAGUUAUAGAUCCACAUGUUUCAAUCUUGGAUUUUGCCAGAUUGCUUUCUGUCUCAUUUGAAGAAUUUUCACAGUUCACGAAUAACGAUAACCGUAUAGGUGCAUUUGCUAGAAGUAGAAGGGGUAUUUCAUAUAAUGUAUUUUGUUUUUUCGGUUAUAUUGUCACCAAUUCUUUGGCGGUAUUCACCUAUUUAUUUUUUAUUUAUUUUCCAUUUUUAUGGCUUAUUUCAGAAAUCUAAUGUGUUCCUGUAGUAAAACAACCAGCAAUGGCCUCAUGUUUACCAUUGCCCAGGGUAAUGACGUUAUGGCCCAAAUCAUUGACUUCAAUAUUUUAGUUUUUGAAGCUUACAACCUUGACAAUGGGACUUGCAGAUUGCCCACUUUAAAUAUAUAUAUAAGCUGCGGGCCCCAGGCUUUCUCUACAGGGCUCAAAAUGUCCAUUUACUGAUGGCCAUUGGCAAGUGAAAACCUUUAAGGCCUGACUAGCAGUGUAGCAUACCCAAAUUUUAAGCUCUGAUUCAAUGACCGUCUAUAUACCUACUCUUUCCUAUAGUCCAUGCUCCUCAGGUGACAUUUAUCGCUCAGUGUCUCGGUUCUGGUCUAACGGCCAGCUUUAUAUACCCACUAUCUCACAUAGCCAUUCAUCUGGUGACUGAUUUAACAACACUACUUUUCCCUGCCUGGUUGUUUUUGUUGUGCAUUUUUAUCCCAGCUCCUCUCUAGAGACUAAUUUGAUUGGUCUGUCUAUAUCCCCAAACUCUACUAUAGUGCAUGUUCAUCGGACAGCCUCCAUACUCCUCUAGAAUCCAUGUUCACUGGGGAGACUGUACUGAUUCUUGCUGCUUUUUAAUGGUUCAAACAUUGCGUGUAAUAGCUGUCUUUAGGGGUUGCUCACAGCAUCAUAACCACAUCAAUCAAUUGGAUGUGUAUGUGCAGCAUUUCACUGUAAAUAGUUUAACCCCCUUGCUAGGGUUCCUGACUUGCCAAUUCUUUACAACUUAUUGCAUUCGUUUUCUGAGAAUAGUCAGUGGAUGCUUUCAGUCGAUGAAUGGCUAUGGCUUCUGCAGAAAUCAGGGAGCAUAAGUUCCCAUUGGAGACCCAGGUAAUGCGGCAAGCUGUUGCUAAAUGGUUUGCCCCAUUAAUGGGGAACCAGACCCAGGGUACUCUUUGCAUCUUAACCAUUAAAGUGGGCUGUAUUGGUUCUGAUGUUGAAAUAACCCCUUCAUUUUCUUGUUUUCCUGCAGAAACGUAUGUCUGUUACAGAAGGUGGCAUUAAAUAUCCAGAGACAACAGAAGGUGGACGCCCUAAACUUGGCGGACUAAUGGAUCCACGCCAAGGGGUGAUAGAGAGGACGGGCCGCUGUCAAACAUGUGCAGGUAUAGUGCAGAGUGACAUUUCUUCUCUUAAUUAGAACUUGCGCUUUUCUAUGAUAUAAACAUUUCCCAUUUGUUCUCACAGGUAACAUGACAGAGUGUCCUGGUCAUUUUGGACAUAUUGAACUGGCCAAACCAGUCUUCCAUGUGGGUUUUCUAGUGAAGACCAUGAAAGUUUUGAGAUGCGUUUGUUUCUUCUGCUCCAAACUGCUGGUUGAUGCGGUAAGCCUUAGCAUGACCCACAAAUCGUGGUCCAGCUUUAAUUAGGAUUUCAUGUACUACAAAAUAAAGCCCUGUGAAAUAUACCACUGUUUAUAUAUUCUUUCUCCCAUCUCCUUACUGUUGCAUACAGAUUUGGUAGAGCAGGUCUGCCUCCAAACGUGUAGCUUCAUAAUCCAUAACGUUUAAACAUAUAUUAUAUCUUACAGAACAACCCAAAGAUUAAGGACAUUCUGACAAAAUCAAAAGGGCAGCCAAAGAAGCGCUUGACCCAUGUAUAUGAGUUGUGUAAGGGGAAAAACAUCUGCGAAGGAGGAGAGGAGAUGGACAACAAAUUUGGAGUUGAGCAGAAUGAGGGAGAUGAAGACAUUCAGAAAGAAAAGGUGAGUUGGUACUUUCUAGGCUCUUGCUGUCUCCUUAAUACUACAGAUUCAUUCUGAGCAGCAUCUUCAAUGAUGUGUUCUCAGCGGCAAUUGUUCUUUAGAUUUGAUGCAAAUUUAACUUACAAUGUAAUGAAAUGCAGUGAAACUGCCAGCAAACUAAUAGCUUAAGAGUUGGACUUUACACUCAUCAUUACUUCUGAGGUAAGAGCAUGGCCACCUACAAGUUCUAUCUUUUGGUACAACUUGCCGCAGUAAUUUGCAUUUGUGCAUGCCUGGACUAGAUAUUAAAGGAUAAUUCUGUGUAAAAACUCCCCUAUGCUUAAAGCGCCACGGUCAGUCUGGAGAUUUUUCCAGAUUUGUAAAGAGCCCUGACUGUGGCAUUGCUGCUGGGGUUUCAUCUUAAAUAAAUCUGUCCCUUCCAUCCAUGGCCUUCAUCUUCAGCAGAGCCAAUGUCGCUGCUGUACUCACGCAUUCGUGAGAGCUCAGCAUUGAGGUCUGUGGGAUAAUGGCUGUUUGACAUUUCUAUAUGGCGAUAGUUCUGCCCAGUGUCUAGAAGUGUCAGGUGACAAAGUAGUCCUUCUCAGUAAAAUUCCAACUCCAUAAAAAUUGGUAUUUUAUAACGAUUCUUUUUUUUUUUUUUUUUUGGAGGGGGGGGUGAUGGGGUCUAACUUUAAACCAGGAAAAAAGCUAACGUGCACUGCAUGUAGACCUGCAUGCAGAUUCAUCCCACACCAAUGUGAGCUGCAUGUCUUUGGGGCAUUUUAUGUCCCCUAAAUCCUAUCUAGUGGGUGUUUGAAAUAAGUAUGUUAUCCGCUUCCUGUUUGCAGUUACGAUCAGGACACAGUCCAAUUGGAGCAGUUUUAAAAACGAAUACCAGCCAUGCUGUACCAUAAAGAAUGCAUAGCCCACAGCUCAACUUUCCAGGGAAAAGAGUGACUUUCCCUUUUGUGCAUGUUUCAUAUUCAUUUUUUGGUCUAAUCUUUUCUUCUGUGACUGUUAAAGGGUCAUGGUGGAUGUGGACGUUACCAGCCACGAAUCAGACGCUCUGGUUUGGAACUGUAUGCAGAGUGGAAACAUGUCAAUGAGGAUUCACAAGAAAAGAAGAUUUUGCUUAGUCCAGAACGUGUACAUGAGAUCUUCAAACGGAUCACAGAUGAGGAAUGCUUUAUCCUGGGUAUGGAGCCCCGAUAUGCACGCCCGGAGUGGCUCAUUGUAACAGUCCUGCCGGUUCCACCUCUUUGUGUAAGGCCUGCAGUUGUCAUGCAGGGUUCUGCUAGAAACCAGGUGAGAAAGCUCUUCAGACUGUUGAAAGGUUUAAGCUAGUGUUCCAUGUGCACAAGGAAACCUGUUGUAACUUGACUUUCUGAAUGUAAGAAAUAACUUUCUCAGUCUAGCGAGAAUGGAUUUAACAUAUUCUCCUCUUCCAGGAUGAUCUGACUCAUAAACUGGCUGAUAUUGUGAAGAUUAACAAUCAGUUGAGACGUAAUGAGCAGAAUGGUGCUGCAGCACAUGUGAUUGCGGAAGAUGUCAAACUUCUCCAGUUCCAUGUUGCCACCAUGGUGGACAAUGAGCUACCAGGACUUCCUCGGGUAAGAAAGCUGAGGAAUGAGAUGCUUCUUAACCUUUUUAUAUCCCUCUGAGGAUGGAGUGUUUAUAGUGGAAGGUUGUUUGGUUGGGUAACCUGAGUGUCAAUUUAAUAGCCUGGUGUCUAACAUCGAACAAGGCUUGUUGGGUGUUUCUGGGAAUGGGACCAAUUUCUCAUUCAGUUUUUCAGUGAAUGAGUGUCCUGGUGACAUUGUGUACUUUCUGUAAAAGCACUUGUUUUGGAAAAACAUGUUCUCUGACACUGUUUUCCCAGGCUAUGCAAAAAUCUGGUCGCCCCUUAAAGUCUGUGAAGCAACGAUUAAAGGGGAAGGAAGGACGUGUGAGAGGAAACCUCAUGGGAAAGCGUGUGGACUUCUCUGCCCGAACAGUAAUCACCCCCGACCCUAAUCUUUCAAUUGAUCAGGUUGGAGUGCCUCGUUCCAUUGCUGCAAAUAUGACCUUCCCGGAAAUAGUAACUCCUUUCAACAUAGAUCGGUGAGAUAGUUCUUAUGUUUGUGUUCAUAAUAUGUAAUGUUCUAUGUGAAUUUGAGAUGCUGAUGUACUGUUCAUUUUAGGCUGCAGGAGCUGGUACGUAGAGGGAAUAGUCAGUAUCCUGGAGCCAAGUAUAUUAUCAGAGAUAAUGGAGAUCGUAUUGAUCUUCGGUUCCACCCCAAACCCAGCGACUUGCACCUUCAGAUUGGGUACAAGGUAAGACUUAUUUCCUCAUUCUUACAUCUUAAAAUAGGGAUGCACAACCCUUUUGGAAAUAGUCAGAUGACUGCCUGCAAUUCUUACAGGUCAAUGAGAUGGUUCUGUUUGAGCCUUAGAAAAGUGAUCUGAUGUCUGGUUCCAGCCUACUGGAUGAAAUCUGUAGAAUUGUUUUGAAGAUUUUUUCCUGAUCUCCUCAAUUUUUUCUACUUUACCUCCAACAUGUCUUUCCCCAGCCUCUUCACAAUCGCCCCCUUCCCUUGUCUCUCCCAUUACUGUUUUUUAUUAUGCCUCUGACCAUUUCACACUCCCCGUGUCUCUCCAUUGUCCCCAUUUUACCUAAAAGUUGCCUGCUUUCUUCGGCAGACUACAUGUGAGAGUCCCCAACUCAUCCUUCACUUAGGCUUUAAUAUUAGGAUAGGCUUUCCGAAUUAUUGAAUAUGAAAAUGAUAUAAAUUUUAUAAUCUUGAUAUUUUAAUGUUUAAAAAUGUAUUUUGAAAAGUUUAUCCAAAAGUAUUAAAUCAUUUGGAAAUUUAUGUAAAUGAAGGACUUUGUUGGGCAGUACUUACUAGGCACCGACUCUUGAGUUUAUUUCACACUUUUUACGAAUUGUCAGUUGUGUGUACAUAUGUCGACAGGGAAGUUUGCAUUCACGAUCUUCUCAAUGUUUAAAAGUCAAAUUUUAGCAAAAUAAAUUAAAAGUAAAGAUUAACGUUUCUUUCCCCAUACGGGACUUUUAUCAGGAUCCAGGCUAUAUAUAUAUUCAUUUCUAGGUAUUUAAAUCUAUAUAAAUGCUUGUUACACAUUCUUAAUACUCUCAAGCAAUGUUUUAUUUGGGCUCUGAAUGGAAUGCCGGAAUCUACAGGACAUUGAGCAAUGUUGUUCGACCUGGAGAAGUUAUUAGAACAUGUCUUACUGAGCUUAACUACUGAUAACUUUUACUUUAUUUCUGGUUGUCUUUAAUAGGUGGAGAGACACAUGUGUGAUGGGGAUAUAGUCAUUUUCAACAGACAGCCUACAUUGCACAAGAUGUCUAUGAUGGGCCACAGGGUACGAAUCCUGCCAUGGUCCACCUUCCGUCUGAACCUCAGGUAAGUGCUUUCAUUUUUUUUGAAAACUGACAUCUCUUGGAGAAGGAUGGUGGGAUUAACUGUCCUUUUCAUUCCUAGUGUUACCACUCCAUACAAUGCUGAUUUUGAUGGGGAUGAAAUGAACCUCCAUCUUCCUCAGUCUCUGGAGACAAGAGCCGAAAUUCAGGAGCUGGCUAUGGUACCACGUAUGAUCGUGACUCCUCAGUCCAACCGACCAGUCAUGGGAAUUGUGCAGGACUCUUUAACUGCUGUGCGCAAAUUCACCAAGAGAGACGUGUUCAUGGAAAGGGUGAGAAAUAGAUUUCAGGACCUGUAUGUAAUGAGUAGAAAUGUCCAAUAGAUACGUGGCUAGUGAGUGUUUUGGGCUGGGAAAUGGUUUUUGGAUGAGGGACACUGUGUGGCAUUAGCAUAGAUUACAUGCCUAAGUGAAAUACUUAAAUAAUUGUAGCAACCUUAAAAGGUAAAGUACCAUAACCACUUCAACUAAUUUGUAUAAACAUAACCUUUACGCCUCUGUACCAUAGUUUGAGGGUGGACUGCCAGAGACUGGGCAUCUCUGCUAAGCAAUGAGUUAACCUGGUAACUCCUUGGCUAACCGUAUAAAUUGAAUACAAAUAUGGAAUAGGAAUUUCAGUAAGUCUGUAUGAGCCAGUAGUAAAAAUCUAAGUUAGAACAUUCCUUGGUAGCUUAUUAAACUAUAUAUAACGGCAAUUUAAAAACUUUGUUAAAUGCUAAAAGCCAGUGUCCCUGGAUAAAUUCCUGUUGCCACAAUAAGAAACUUUAUAGUAAUGUGGUCACAAAGCUACAACAUAGUAUUAUGUAGCCACUUAGGACUCAAGUUGCUAAAUACUUUGGUACGAUUCAAAUGUAACAUUUGAAGAUUCUGACACUCUCAAAGAUGGCGCAUACGUCCCCAGCUGAACCAGCCUACUGUGAAUUAUCUGCACUAAUUUGUCUUGUAUUUUGUUUUAUUUAGGGUGAGGUGAUGAACUUGCUUAUGUUCCUGUCUACCUGGGAUGGAAAGGUUCCUCAGCCCGCUAUCCUAAAGCCACGUCCUUUAUGGACGGGAAAGCAGAUUUUCUCUCUCAUCAUUCCAGGACACAUAAACUGUGUUCGAACACACAGCACACAUCCAGAUGAAGAAGACAGUGGACCUUACAAACACAUCUCACCUGGAGACACAAAGGUCUGUAUUGGAGGAGGAAUCGGAAAAAGUCACUGUUCCAUGCCAUGCUUGCUGACAUAACACAUAAUAUCCUUAUUGUAGGUCAUUGUUGAGAAUGGGGAGCUCAUCAUGGGAAUUUUGUGUAAGAAGUCUCUCGGAACAUCAGCUGGCUCUCUGGUCCAUAUAUCUUACCUGGAGAUGGGCCAUGACAUCACUCGUCUCUUCUAUUCCAAUAUCCAAACAGUCAUCAAUAACUGGCUUCUUAUUGAGGGUGUGUACACUAGACUGCAGUCGCCUUAAUGUUUUCAAACCUUUGCAUUUAGCCUUUCCCUUUAUCCUUUUACUGCGGGAGUCUCCAAGUCAAAAAUGCCAGAGGCCAAUGGUCACAUUCGUCUUUUCCCAUGGUUUGCUCACUAAAGUAAUUGCAAGUAUAGUCUAAACAAUAUAGGAAGGGUAGUAGAUACCUGGAAUAGUCUUCCAGAAACAUAGAUGAAGGUUAGUUCAGAUAUGAUACUACAUAAUAAAAGGAAGAAUGGUUUAAAGCAACACUGAUGUUUUUGUUUGCAUUGGUUUUGUGUUGAGUACUGUUUGCUAUGGUUGACCCUGUGGCUUGUUAUUGAUAUGCUUGUUCAAUGUAGGCCACACAAUUGGAAUUGGAGAUUCCAUUGCUGAUGCUAAAACCUAUCAAGACAUUCAGAAUACCAUCAAGAAGGCUAAACAGGAUGUGAUAGAGGUAAGCGUUCCAGCCCUUCAGUGGGCUUUGUGUUAAUUUUUGGGUGCCAUUGUGAAGAGUCUCAUCAAUGCUUUCUUCUGGUAUUUGCAGGUCAUUGAGAAGGCCCAUAACAAUGAACUGGAGCCCACCCCAGGAAAUACCCUUCGUCAGACAUUUGAGAACCAGGUGAACCGUAUUCUGAAUGAUGCCAGGGACAAAACUGGCUCCUCCGCCCAGAAAUCUUUGUCUGAAUAUAAUAAUUUCAAAUCCAUGGUGGUUUCUGGUGCCAAAGGAUCAAAAAUCAACAUUUCCCAGGUGAUUUAGCAGAGCAAUUGCAACAAUCAUGUGGCAUUUUAAAAGUGAACUGUCUCACAAAGUUUUCUCCAACAGGUUAUUGCUGUCGUAGGGCAGCAAAACGUGGAAGGUAAACGUAUCCCUUUUGGGUUCAAGCAUCGGACUCUACCUCACUUCAUCAAAGAUGAUUACGGUCCAGAAAGUAGGGGCUUUGUGGAAAAUUCAUACCUUGCUGGCCUUACUCCCACAGAGUUUUUCUUCCAUGCUAUGGGAGGAAGAGAAGGUCUGAUUGACACAGCUGUGAAAACUGCUGAGACAGGUAAAUGUCUAUAGCCAUCUUUUUGUCCUUAUUCCUGAAGUCUUCUCAUAUGAGGCAGAUAUUCUCUACGAGCAGUGUAUUUAAGGUUUUGGUUGAACUAUGCCAAUAAUGGACAUCAGCUCUCCCGCACACCUAUGCAGCCAGCCAUUUACCUGCCAAAAAUUUAUUCAUACGAACAUGCAGUCACAAUCCUAUAACUUACAUACAAUCUCAUAAUUGACUCACAGAGCUACGUACAUAUAGACAUGCAAUAGCACAUUCAUACAUCCAAAUUUAAACCUCCCUCUCCUCCCCUAGAUAUCUUGCUUGUCAGUAUGGCGGUACUAGAAGACACCAAUUAUGUCCUCCUCCAUUGUCGUAUUGGUGUAGGCCAAGAUACAGAGCUCUGUUUUACUGCUUCAUUUUACCAAUACUUUUUAUUCUGUUCUAAUCAGGGUACAUCCAGAGACGUUUGAUCAAGUCUAUGGAGUCGGUUAUGGUAAAAUAUGAUGCAACUGUGCGGAAUUCAAUUAACCAGGUAGUACAGCUGAGAUAUGGUGAGGACGGCUUGGCUGGAGAAGGAGUAGAAUUUCAGAACUUGGCCACCUUGAAACCCUCUAACAAGGCUUUUGAGAAGAAGUGAGUAUCUGUACACUGUGCAAUAUCUGUGUUCUCAUGGCUACUGCUUUUAUCUAUGAGUGGAAACAAAUUGUGCCAGAACUGAGAGUCCAAUCCACUCUGCCAACUUUGCACACUGAUUUUAUUUGAAUAGCGUCUCCCAGGCAGUAGGCUAUCUGUGGACGUCCAUUCCAGUUGUAAAAUUAUUCAUUCUGUUGCUUAAACUGUGGAGAGCCCUCCUAUUCUCUGAGGUUCUGCUUGACCCUAUUGUGAGGAGUAGUAGAUACCUGGAAGAUCUUUCCAGCUGUGUAACCCUGUCUGCCCAGCAAUUGGAAACCCUUAAAUUAUGAAUCAAGGGAUAUAUUCUGGCCUCUCAGAAAAGUGGCAAAAAUGCAAUCUUGCAUUUAUAAUUUUGCAAUCAAGUCAGCCACUGGAAGACAGUCACUAAAGGCAGUAUUAACCCUGCAAUGUAAAAUUGAAAUGUUUUAAAUUGCAAAGCUAAGUGGGACGGACGGGCACACUGCACCCAGACCACUUCAAUGAGAUGACAUGCUCUGGGUGCCUAUAGGAUUUAAAUGCACCUCCCAUUCUAUUUCUUCCUGCUUUUUGUUCUGAUCUGUAAAUGUUUCUGGCAGGUUUAAGUUUGACUACGCCAACGAGCGCGCCCUGCGUCGGACGCUUCAGGAGGAGGUUGUGAAGGACAUACUCAGUAAUGCUCACAUUCAGAAUGAACUGGAGAAGGAAUUUGAGAAGAUGAAGGAAGACAGAGAAGUCUUGAGGGUUAUCUUCCCCACUGGGGACAGCAAGGUACCAGUUCCACAGAUUCUUGGUGCAUGGUGUGCUUACUGGUGGCAACCUUGCAGAGUUUUGACUUGAGUGGCGAACACUAUGCUCUUUGAUGGCUAAUUCAAAUUUUUUUACAAUCUCUUCCAAACACAGGUUGUUCUUCCAUGUAACCUUCUAAGGAUGAUCUGGAACGCACAGAAAAUAUUCCAUAUUAAUACUCGAAUGCCUUCUGAUCUGCACCCCAUUAAAGUGGUGGAUGGUGAGUCCUUGUGCAGUCUGUAAACGUAUCUGAUCCAUAUACAGAAUAAAACUGCCAGAAUAGUGUAAUCCAUGGAAAUAUACUGUAUCUGUAAUGAGCAAACUGUCCUGAUUAAUCUUGUCCUAUUAAGUCUUUCCACUUGUAUAAACCAGCAGCAGCUUUUCCAGGGUAUAACUCUGACUCUACUAUUACACUUAUAUUUUCUCCCUCAAGUCUGUAGAUGGGAACUUCUUGGAUCUCACUUACUUACACCUUGUUCCCUUAUUUCAUCUUUUUAACUAGAUUUGGUUUUAAAACUGCCAUAUUGACUAGUUUUAGGGCCUCAGAACAAGUUUAUGGUGUUACCUGUACUAUUGUGAGUCUACCUUAAUUCAUUAAAGUUUGUCACUAGAAAGAUACAGGUCAACAUUUAUUUAACAAUAUAGGAAUUGCAUGUCAAAGAUGCUUCAAUGAGUUCUGCAUACUGUCCCCUCUAUCCAUUGUAUGCUGCCUUACGUUACGUACAGACUUUUUUCAAGCGAUGCCCCCUAUUUCUGUUUUAAUGUUUUAAACCAACUUUUAUUUCAGGUGUUAAGGAGCUUAGCAAGAAACUGAUUAUUGUGAAUGGAGACGAUCCUCUAAGUCGCCAAGCUCAGGAGAAUGCCACUCUUCUCUUUAACAUUCACCUGCGGUCCACUCUGUGCAGCAGGAGGAUGGUGGAGGAGUUCAGAUUGAGUGGAGAGGCCUUUGACUGGCUGCUAGGGGAGAUUGAGUCAAAAUUCAACCAGGCCAUCGUAAGUAUAAAUGGCAACCUGCUGCAUGCGAUUAACUGUGACUGCUUAAAAGUGCAGUUUGUUUAAUCUUUGAUUUCUUCUUUCUCAGGCCCACCCUGGGGAGAUGGUGGGAGCCUUGGCUGCUCAGUCUUUGGGGGAGCCUGCCACUCAGAUGACCCUGAACACUUUCCAUUAUGCUGGUGUGUCUGCUAAAAAUGUCACCCUGGGGGUGCCACGUCUGAAAGAGUUAAUAAAUAUAUCAAAGAAACCAAAGACUCCUUCAUUGACUGUAUUCUUGCUGGGGCAGUCUGCUCGAGAUGCUGAACGAGCCAAGGUGAGAAAAUGUGUGGUUAGGCUUUGUUACCAUGUGAAGCAACCCGUGCUGAACACUUUCUUGUGAGUUGAGUCUCAAGCUUCCAUGAGGUGAUCACGGUUUUUACUUCCCACUUAGGAUAUUCUUUGUCGAUUGGAGCACACAACUCUACGUAAAGUCACUGCCAACACUGCCAUUUAUUACGAUCCUAAUCCUCAAAAUACGGUUGUGGCUGAAGAUCAAGAGUGGGUGAACGUGUACUAUGAAAUGCCGGACUUUGAUGUCACCCGAAUCUCCCCGUGGCUUCUUCGUGUGGAGCUGGAUCGCAAACACAUGACAGACCGAAAACUGACCAUGGAACAGAUAGCCGAGAAGAUCAAUGCAGGUUAGAUUGUUUGAGCUUGGUUUUAGUCCUUAUUCAACUGCCCACUUGUUCCCAGGUAGCAUUCUGCAUUGUUUUUCUGAUUUUUCCACUGCUAUUCUGUGUGCUCUCACUCUGGAUCCAGAUUUUACUACUUACUGACCAAGUACUGAUCCCUCUCACAUUCUCUGCUCUUUCAGGUUUUGGAGACGAUCUUAACUGUAUAUUUAAUGAUGACAAUGCCGAAAAGCUGGUUCUUCGAAUAAGAAUUAUGAACAGUGAGGAGAGCAAAAUGCAGGAGGUGAGUAAAGGCAUUUGAAACAGACUUUCUAGAGGUGAAUGGUAGGAGAGAGGUAAAUUGCAGGGAAUACAUGUGAUUUGUUUGGUGGCAUUUAAUACGGGAAGACCAAUUACUGAUCUGUAAGUCUGUAUGGGAAGUAAUGUGCUUAUAUGAUGGACAAUGACAGGGACAUGCGCACUGUACAGGUUUCCUAAAGUUCCAGACUUGUAUUGUGCUGCUUUGUGGUUUAACUGUUCCUUGUUUUCCUCAGGAGGAAGAAGUGGUGGAUAAGAUGGAUGAUGAUGUGUUUUUACGUUGUAUUGAAUCGAACAUGCUAACAGACAUGACACUGCAGGGCAUUGAACAAAUAAGCAAGGUAAAACUCUAAAGGGUGGAGGGGAUCAAACUGGCAGACUGUUACUGGGCAACAUUUGACACGCAUUGUAAUUGUCAUCAUUUUUUAUCUAUAUAAAUACAUAUACGCUGUUGUCUUGCAUAGGUGUAUAUGCAUCUUCCUCAGACAGACAAUAAAAAGAAAAUAAUUAUCACAGAAGAUGGAGAAUUUAAGGCUCUUCAAGAAUGGAUCCUGGAAACAGAUGGUGUCAGCCUGAUGCGCGUCCUAAGUGAGAAAGAUGUGGAUCCUGUUCGAACAACAUCCAAUGACAUUGUGGAGAUUUUUACAGUAAGAUCAGAUUCCCUCUUAAAACAGACUGUUCAAGUCCAAAUAUGCGCAUCUUUCUAAUUUCCCUCGGUUUUUAUUCUGUAGGUUCUAGGUAUUGAAGCAGUUAGGAAAGCCUUGGAAAGAGAAUUGUACCACGUGAUCUCAUUCGAUGGGUCGUAUGUGAAUUACCGUCACUUGGCGCUUCUGUGUGACACUAUGACUUGUAGGGGGCAUCUCAUGGCAAUUACUCGUCAUGGUGUUAACCGUCAGGACACCGGACCUCUCAUGAAAUGUUCCUUUGAAGAGACCGUAAGUGUCUUUUUUUUUUUUUUUUUUUUUUUUUUUAGUAAUAUUUUUAUAUAUAUAAAUAUAUACACACACACACACACACACACGUCCGAGUCCACGAUUUAUUUUGUUAGCAAUGACUACAUACAGGGAGUUGCCGACUUUAUGAACGAAUUGGUUCCGAAGCAGAGUUCAUACAGUGAAAACUCAUUUCCCAUAGACACAAUGUAGUAAACAUGGAUUCCUUUCCAUUUCCAAAUUUUUUCCAUUGAAAACCUAAAUUAUGAAGUACAAAUACAAGAUGAAAGCAUAACAAAUACAUAUGUUGUAGUUGGACAUACCCUAUUCAGAUCUUCAUAAAAUAAUCAGUCAUCUUCCUCCUCAAUGACAAAUAGCACUUGUUGAAUGUAGCACUGCGCCGAUUUCUUGUUCGUUUGAGUCGCACCCCCCCACUAUGCUGUGCUCCAAGGAGUGCCAGUGCAUCUAGCAGCUUCAUCAGGAUGCCAUGUUGUCUGAAGAAGCUGGAUCAUGAAUGGUCUUUGUGGGAGAGUAUACAUUCCAAUCUUGGCAUAUCUUAGCCACCAUGUUCCCCCUCUGAAAAGUGGUUUCUUGGCUGCUACCCUUCCACAAAGACCAUACUUGAUCAAACUUCUUAGGACUAUUGAAUGGUCAUCUUGGCAUCCCGAUGACUGCCAGAUGCUGAGCCAGGUCCUUGCUGGACUUCUUCUGGAAGAAACUCACAUUUAUCAGAUUUUGAAAGUUUUCUUGGCCUUAUAGUCUAUUUUUUGUCCAUGACCUCUCCUGAUUCUUCAUAUUUCUUUACAACUGUUUGAAUAUCCAGUUUGUUGGCAGAUUUUCCUUUGAGAGGUGCCUUGCAAUACAUACUGCAUACAAACUUCCUGUCUAUUCUGGUUGUAUUCUAAUAAAGAGACUGAGGAAUAACUAUAUAUUGUCAUACUAUUGCUAAACAAUAAAUCUAGUGGUGUUCCAAGACUUUUGCACAAUAGUGUGUAUGUGUGUGUAUGUAUGUAUGUAUGUGUAUAUAUAUAUAUAUAUGUGUGUGUGUGUGUGUGUAAUUUCUUGUUUUGGCAAACUACUGGUGGGUAACACAAUCUCUGUACAGGUGGACGUUCUCAUGGAAGCUGCAGCACAUGGAGAAACUGAUCCCAUGAAGGGAGUGUCUGAGAACAUCAUGUUGGGUCAGCUGGCUCCCGCUGGAACUGGCUGCUUCGACUUGUUGCUAGAUGCAGAGAAGUGUAAAUUUGGAAUGGAGAUUCCAACCAACAUCCCUGGAUUAGGAGCAGCUGGACGUAAGUUUUGGAGGGUGCGGGGUAAAUAUAUAGUGCAAAAAAUUAUGGUAUCUGUAAGUGACUCCUGGGAGUAGUAUUGGAAUAAAGAAUUUCUCCAAGUUUUAAAUCUGCUCAAGUAGGGUAUUAAUCAAUGUACAUGGAAAGGUACAUGUUGGUAGGUUUCUUGGUCGUGUUGUACAUGAGCAAAUCUAGCCAGGAUUUUAAAUUUUUGCUGUUUACACCAAGCAGGAUCUGUUUCCAAAUGUCCAUGAUGUUAUGUUAACUAUCUUUGUUUUACAGCAACCGGUAUGUUUUUUGGAACUGCUCCAAGCCCCAUGGGCAAUAUGUCACCUGCAAUGACCCCGUGGAAUCAAGGAGCAACACCUGCAUAUGGAGCCUGGUCCCCAAGUCUCGGUAUGCAUAAAGUUAGACUGAAUCAUUGAGUGCUUUUAUUUUACCAAGGCCCAAAAGAUGCCUUCCACGGCUACUGGUCUGGUUAGAGAACAUUGUAAUUGGCUCAAAGUAUUUGAAAAGGGAUGUUUAAGACUGCUUUCUGUAAGAUAACUUCACCAGUGCGACAACGAAAGGCACAAAUUGUAAGGAGGCCUUGAUCAAAAUUCACUGUAUAUUCUGCUGACACCUGAGUAACUUUUUUUUUUUUUUUAAUUCUUUUUUUUUUUUUUGCAGUGCGUUGCAUAAGCCAUACGAUAAACAUUCUAUUGCGCAAUAGUAGUUCUGAUAUACAGUUAUUGCAUGAGUAUAACAUUAUGUGCGUCUGCACCGUUUUAAAAUUUUUAACAUGCUAUAAACGCGGAUCUAGGUUCUGCUAUGUGUGACAUUUAUUUAGGCAUAAGUGUGGGGUCGCCUAGUCAGUCCUAGCAUCCUUGUCCCUUGUGCUGGGAGGCCAUAGAAGAAGUGGUUAUGGCUUAUUUGGGUGUAAAUGUUUUGGGGGGAGAGGGGGGUUUGGUACGAGUGUACUUGUGGCCCUGUUACAUGUUUGUUGAACGACCCUGUCUCAGAUUUGAUAGCCUUGUGCGUAUUUGGCGUCAUAUCGUGUGGAUGUGAGCCGUACUGAACGUGUAAUGUCAAACAGUUGAGGUCGGUGUCUAUAUUUGGUCCAUCAUGAGCUAUCAAUGAGAUUAUCUCCGCCGAGGAAAAUAGCAUCAACGUAAAACAUAAACUUGAGAAACAUCAUAUGUCAUAUAAGCCAUUUCAACAGAGAGGUUGAGGAGGAAGGAAAAAGAAACGAGGGAAAUAAAACGUUGUAGUCUUUAGACUUGUUAAGGCAAAGUCAGUUUCUGGGGAAGGGUCACUUCCGCCGGUACUCGUCGUCAGCCAGUCUCCUGAGGUUGGUUUGGUUCCUGGGCCCGGAGGCUUCUGUUCCUUGGGACAAAUGGUGUGGUGUGUUCGAGUCCCAGUUAGCAGUAGAGGGUUUCGGGGGUGGGUUAGCAGUCGGGAGCUUCAGUCCCAGGGACUCUAAGAGGGGGUGCUUCCUCCAUUGAGGUAAGUAUGUGUUGGGUUCUGUUCUGGUGUAUCACCAGGGAUCCAUUUGCCCCCCCAUCUGUAAGUUAUGCCUGCUGCUCUAAGUCCGUUAGUGAGGGUACUGAAGGUUUUGCGUCACAUAAGGGUGGAUUUUGUGAGGUCCUGGAAGAAUGUCAGGCUAGCGCCCUCAAAGGUCAGAGGUGUUUUACCUUUACACGGACAUGAUCUGUAUCUUGUUGUGGACCGUUGGACACCUGAGUAUCGCAUCACGUUUGAGAGCGCCUUUGCUGGUGUGGGUAGGCGCUAUAUCUCCCCUGUGACCAUCUUCUUUAAUGUGGCGUGGGGUAGAAUAGUGGCCAGUAGGCGUCUGAUGAAAUGGCUGCCGGGAUGCCCCUUAUUUUUAUAUUUAUGCUCCGGUGGUGUUCCUCCAUGGCAGUCUGCUGUGCCAUCAUGACUUUGUGUCCAGACUUGUUACACUUGAAUUUCAGCUAGGUGGGACUGUAAGUCUGUGUUUUUCGGAUGCUUGCACCCUGUUAGUGGUGGCUGUGAUUUCUGUUUUGAUGGGGGCUAGUUCUGCUGCCAGAAUUUUUUGGAUGACCAAUAGUAAGAUUUCCAGGUCGUUUCUGGAAGUUGGGGUCAUGUCUGCUGGAGGUUCGGGUUGGGGUUGCUGCUCUGUUUGGGUUUCUGGGGUUGUUGCUGGCUCCGGUGGCUCCGUGUGAUGGGAGUGAGUUGCUGAACGCGGGAUUUCCGCGGAGGUGAUUUUAGCCAGAGUAGGCCGUUGGUGCAUGACCCCUAUAUCCUUGCAGUGUUCUGCAGCUUGUGGUCUUUGUGAUCGGCGGCCCAUGGCUGGCGUGUGAACAGGUUGGUCUGAUCUCUGGGGGGAGGCUCUGUCACGCGCUUCGUAGCCGCUGAAUAUUUUCUCCAGGUCUGGGAGUGUCAGCGUGGGGUAGGCCCCGGUUUUCCGCUUCGGCUGGGUGGACGCCGCGAAGAAUGGCAUCUAUCUCCUCAGGUGAAGGUAGGAAGUCCAGCUGGUGGCUUUUGGAAGCUGGAUUGGCUCAAGGUGAUGAGAUUUUCCUCGCAUUGGGCAAUUUGACAGCGGAGCCUGUUUGAACGGCGUCUGUAUAGCUCGAUGGUCAAGCUCCGCCCCCCUGAGUAACCAUUUUAAUAAAGAAUCGAAGUAGUUACUACAGUGGAGCUGGGAGAAGUAGGUGUUUAUCUUAAAUUUGAUGCUAAAACAUAGUUACAUUUGCCACUCUUGACGUUUUUCAUAUUUGAGGUUUCAAUGAAGAGUGUAAUGAUACAGGAAAUUCAAUAGCUACAUAAAAUGUAAAGUGUGAAUAUUCCUCCCAUUUCAGUCUACGCCCCAUACCAUUUUCUACACUCCCUGUGUGGAGGGAUAUCUCUGCUAUAUGCUUAUAACUGAAAUCUUUUUACAUUUUUUUUUUUUUUUCUAUACAGGAAGCGGUAUGACCCCCGGGGCUGCUGGCUUCUCUCCGAGUGCCGCCUCUGAUGCUAGCGGCUUUAGCCCUGGAUAUUCUCCUGCGUGGUCACCAACUCCUGGCUCUCCUGGUUCUCCAGGACCGUCCAGUCCCUAUAUUCCAUCUCCCGGUAAGUAAAUGAGCCAAUCUCAUAUAAUUGUGUUUUCUGUCCGGAGGUGGGCGUUGUGUAGAUCUCUGUUAACAUAAUUAUAACUUAUGUUUACUUUCUUUUUAGGUGGUGCCAUGUCGCCAAGCUACUCUCCUACCUCUCCAGCUUAUGAACCAAGAAGUCCAGGUGGAUACACUCCCCAAAGUCCAAGUUAUUCCCCUACCUCCCCUUCCUACAGUCCUACUUCUCCAUCUUACUCUCCUACCAGCCCCAACUAUAGCCCCACCUCACCUAGCUACUCCCCUACCAGUCCUAGCUACUCCCCUACCAGUCCUAGCUACUCUCCAACUUCCCCUAGUUACUCUCCCACCUCCCCCAGCUAUUCCCCAACCUCUCCUAGCUACUCUCCCACGUCUCCUAGCUAUUCCCCAACUUCUCCCAGCUACUCUCCUACCUCCCCAAGUUACUCCCCAACUUCUCCUAGCUACUCGCCCACCUCUCCCAGCUACUCCCCCACAUCACCGAGCUACUCCCCUACUUCUCCCAGUUACAGCCCCACAUCACCCAGUUAUUCUCCCACAUCUCCAUCAUACAGCCCUACUUCUCCCUCAUACUCACCCACUUCUCCGAACUACUCUCCUACAUCACCUAACUAUACUCCAACAUCUCCCAGUUACUCCCCUACAUCUCCUAGUUAUAGCCCGACUUCUCCUAGUUACUCUCCUACAUCUCCAAAUUACAGUCCCACUAGCCCCAGCUAUUCCCCCACAUCCCCCAGCUAUUCUCCAUCCAGCCCACGCUACACACCACAGUCUCCCAGCUAUACUCCCAGUUCACCCAGCUACAGUCCAAGCUCGCCCAGUUAUUCCCCGACUAGUCCAAAAUACACCCCAACAAGCCCAUCUUACAGCCCCAGCUCCCCAGAGUACACACCCACUUCUCCCAAGUACUCCCCAACUUCUCCCAAGUACUCGCCAACUUCUCCCAAGUACUCUCCAACCUCUCCUACCUACUCUCCCACAACCCCAAAAUAUUCUCCUACAUCUCCAACGUAUUCUCCAACUUCACCUGUCUAUACUCCAACCUCACCAAAAUACUCUCCCACAUCUCCUACCUACUCUCCUACCUCCCCAAAAUAUUCUCCCACUUCACCCACCUAUUCUCCUACCAGCCCAAAAGGCUCCACAUAUUCUCCCACAUCUCCUGGUUACAGCCCUACUUCUCCCACGUACAGUCUUACAAGCCCAGCAAUCAGUCCAGAUGACAGUGACGAAGAGAAUUGAGUGCAAGAUGUGUGUAAUUGCUUCAGGAAGACAUAACAUAUUGAUUUUGUCUUUUAUAUAAAAAUCCAUUAGGCUGUAUAGUCUCUCUAGACUCUUAGCCUAUUCAUCCGGGCAUUUCAAUCUCCCUGACUUGAAAUCUGCCUGUUCAAAACACAUUCGAUGUGAAUUAUGGUGAAGGUGGGAACAAACUGCUUGAAACGCUUCUCACAUAGUUUUAGAACCGGUUUGGAGUAUGAAGCUCUUAAUCCUUCCUCUCCCUGGUUAUUGCAACAAGUCACAUGGUAUUAAACAGUGUGGAGCUUCAAGUUUGCAAAUGUAAUACACAAAUUUAUUUAGGUUCUAAAUGUAAUGUACCCAAUGAUGCAGAAGGUCGGGAGGGGACUACUUAUACUGCUCUUCUUUUUGCUUUUAUUUCAAGUGCUUAUUUUGAACGUCCAUCAUUUAAUAUAAGAUUCUUACUAAAUGUUUGUUUAGAAAUGUUUAUAAAUGUUUAAUGUAAAUUUUCUUUAAUUUCUCAAUAAAAAAAAAAAAGUGAC